AUGGCAGCAUCAAACCUGGAGAACCAGCUGCAGAGUGCCCAGAAGAACCUGCUGUUCCUGCAGCGAGAGCAUGCCAGCACGCUCAAGGGCCUGCACGCCGAGAUCCGACGCCUGCAGCAACACUGCACAGAUUUAACCUAUGAACUGACUGUAAAGAGUUCAGACCUAUCAGAAAGCAGUAGCUCAAGAAGUGAAGAACUCAGAAGAAAGUGUGAAGAUCUUGAAGCUCAGCUGAAAGCCAAAGAGGCUGAAAAUAAUGAGUUAUUGAAAGAACUUGAACAAAAGAACGCAAUGAUAAUGGUGCUGGAAAACACUAUUAAAGAAAGAGAAAAGAAGUAUUUGGAAGAGUUAAAAUCAAAAAGCCAUAAGCUCAACAUGUUGUCGAGUGAACUAGAGCAGAGAGCAAGCACUAUUGCUUAUUUAACUUCUCAGCUGCAUGCUACCAAGAAGAAGCUGAUGAGCUCAAGCGGGACUUCAGAGGGGACCCCUUCUGGCAGUCCUGUGUUGUCCAACUAUAAGCCAUCUCCUCCCAAAGACAAACUGCCGGAGACACCACGGCGUAGAAUGAAGAAGAGCCUGUCAACACCGCUCAACCCUGAGUUUGAAGAGGCCUACAGAAUAGGGUCAGAUAGCCGGAAGCUGCUGCUGAGAGAGCCUGUGGAUGCCAUGCCUGAUCCCACCCCAUUUCUGCUGGCCAGGGAAACAGCAGAGGUUCACCUUAUUAAGGAGAGGCCAUUAGUCAUUCCACCCAUUGCUUCGGAUCGUGCAUCUGGUGAAUCGCAGAGCCCGGCCCGAGAGAAGCCGCACAAGGCACACAUUGGGGUGGCUCAUCGCAUCCACCAUGUGGUGCCAUCCCAGCCCCAGCCAGAGGUCGAAACACUGGCAGUGGAUCAGGUCCAUGGAAGCAAAGUGGUCAGAAAGCACUCAGGGACAGACAGAACUGUUUGA